AUGGCCAACGUCAAGAACCCCAACCGCAUCUCCAAGAACAGACAGGCCGCGCGCGCCGCCAAAGCUCGCAAGGCGAACCUGAAGCGCUGCAACCCGGCGAACCAGGACAAGGUGGCCAAGGCGGAUCGGACGCGGGGCGCAAGGCCCGGACUGCUGCCGACGAGCGGGCCGCGGAAGGCGAUUAGCAAGAAGAAGGCGCGGAAGCUGGAGAAGAAGAUGGGGUAUGAGCUGAAGAGGAGGAUGGAGGCGGAGGGGGAGGCGGUUAUGAAG